CAACACACGUGACUUUAAGCCGUUUGGGACACAAAUAAGCAUAAGCUCCAAAAUCACAACUAUAUAAAGAGAACCCUUCUGCUUUAUAGUAUUCCACAGAUUUGAUUAUUUUCUGCAGUGAAAAUAAUGAGUUCCCUCAAAUAUUUUACUGCUAUUGUUUUGUUAAUUUCAUGGUUUCUGAGUAUUCAAGCAGAGAAAUCCUCAAAAUCAUGUGAAUUUCAAACUAUCUUUAAUUUUGGUGACUCAAAUUCUGAUACUGGUUCUAUGUCAGCAGCAUUUUACCCUGCUAUUUUGCCUUUUGGUGAAACCUUCUUCCAUGAGGCUGUUGGCAGAGCUUCUGAUGGUCGUCUCAUCAUAGAUUUCAUCGCCAAGCACCUUGGAUUGCCAUUUUUGAGUGCAUAUAUAAACUCAAUUGGAACAACCUAUAGGCAUGGUGCAAACUUUGCUGCAGGGUCAUCAACCAUCAUGAGACAAAACAAGACCAUCUUUGAGGGCGGAACACCAUUCACAGUUGACAUCCAAAUAGUACAGUUUAGUAAUUUUAAAUCGCGCACCGGGAAGUUCUUCACGCAAGAAAAUGGAAGUUCCUACAGAAAACACUUUCCAAAACCAGAGGACUUUGCCAAAGCUAUCUACACAUUUGAUAUUGGUCAAAAUGAUAUUGCUGAUGUUAUUAGUAAGGUGGGAAAGGAAGAUUCCCAUGUAUUGAUCUCAAACAUUGUGGAAUAUUUUUCAACACAAAUUCAAAGUCUACAUUUUUAUGGAGCAAGGACAUUUUGGAUACACAACACAGGACCUAUUGGUUGUCUUCCAGUGGCAAUGCCCAUUCACAAUGCACAAAACAACCAAACUCAAGUGGCUGGUUAUGUUGAUCAAAAUGGAUGUGUCAAUUACCAAAAUGAUUUGGCCAAGGAGUUCAAUAAAAAGCUUAAAGAUAAAGUAGUCAAAUUAAGGGAACAGUUCCUUGAUACUUCUUUUAUAUAUGUGGACAUGUUCUCUGCAAAGUAUGAACUAAUUAGUAAUGCUAAUAAAUCAGGAUUUGUUGACCCUUCUAAAAUAUGUUGUGGAUAUCAUGAAGAUGGUUACCAUGUGUAUUGUGGAAAUAAAAAAACGAUUAAUGGUAAAGAAAUUGUUCCUGGUUCUUGUGACGAUCCAUCGAAAUACAUUAGUUGGGAUGGAGUGCACUACACUGAGGCAGCAAAUCAUUGGAUUGCCAAUAGAAUAGUUGAUGGUUCAUUUUCAGAUCCACCACUUCCCAUUUCACAAUCAUGUCAAAUAACUCAUUAGCAUUAUAUAUAUAUAUAUAUAUAU